GAAGCCCCUGUGCUCCGCUCUCCGGCCAGUCGGAGGCGGGGUUCUAGUCUGCGGCCCCCUGAACUAGCCGCUCCUCCUCAGAACAGCACCUGCGAGCCGGCAGCCGUUCAUCCAGGCCCACCUCGCUCUGAGGGACCUUGACCCUGCCUCUCCUGCUUCGCGAUGCUGCGAGUCUUCGUCCUUUUCGCGGAGAAUGUCCACACCCCGGACUCCGACAUCAGCGAUGCCUACUGCUCCGCGGUGUUUGCAGGGGUGAAGAAGAGAACCAAAGUCAUCAAGAACAGUGUGAAUCCCGUCUGGAAUGAGGGUUUUGAGUGGGACCUCAAAGGCAUCCCUCUAGACCAGAGCUCAGAACUUCAUGUGGUGGUUAAGGACCAUGAGACGAUGGGGAGAAACAGGGUGGAUGCUGGGGUGAAACCUUGCUGUAGCCUUAGGAACUUGGCUGUCAGUGCUGCUGAGAGCUGCGCAGGCUGCAGGGGAGGGGAGGGUGGCAUGGUGGACGACAAGAGUGAAGAUUCCAUGUCUGUUUCUACCCUGAGCUUUGGUGUUAACAGACCCACGAUCUCCUGCAUCUUUGACUACGGGAACCGAUACCAUCUACGUUGCUACCUGUACCAGGCCCGAGACCUGCCAGCCAUGGACAAGGACUCCUUCUCUGAUCCCUACGCCAUCGUCUCCUUCCUGCAUCAAAGCCAGAAGACAGUGGUGGAGAAGAAUACCCUGAACCCCACCUGGGAUCAAACCCUCAUAUUCUAUGAGAUCGAGAUCUUUGGUGAGCUAGCCAGCAUCGCAGAGCAGCCGCCCAGCAUUGUGGUGGAGCUGUAUGACCACGACACUUACGGUGCUGACGAGUUCCUGGGUCGCUGUAUCUGUCAGCCAAGCCUGGAACGGAUGCCCCGCCUGGCCUGGUUCCCCUUGACCAGGGGCAGUCAGCCUGCUGGUGAGCUUCUGGCAGCAUUCGAGCUGAUUCAGAGAGAGAAGCCAGCCAUCCAUCAUAUUCCUGGCUUUGAGGUGCAUGAGACUUCAAGGACGCUGGAUGAGACAGAGGACACAGACUUGCCUUACCCACCACCCCAGAGAGAGGCCAACAUCUACAUGGUUCCCCAGAACAUCAAGCCCGCUCUCCAGCGGACAGCCAUUGAGAUCCUGGCUUGGGGCCUUCGGAACAUGAAGAGCUAUCAGAUGGCCAGCAUCUCUUCCCCUAGUCUCGUGGUGGAGUGCGGUGGCCAGACAGUGCAGUCCUGUGUCAUCAGAAACCUUCGGAAGAACCCCAACUUUGAUGUCUGCACCCUGUUCAUGGAAGUGAUGUUACCCCGAGAGGACCUCUACUGUCCUCCUAUUGUGGUCAAGGUCAUUGAUAAUCGCCAGUUUGGCCGCCGCCCAGUUGUGGGCCAGUGCACCAUCCGCUCCCUGGAGAACUUCCUGUGUGACCCAUACUCAGCAGAGAGUCCGUCUCCACAAGGUGGCCCAGAUGAUGUUAGCUUGCUGAGCCCUGGGGAAGACGUGCUCAUUGACAUCGAUGACAAGGAGCCUCUCAUCCCUGUCCAGCUUGCAGAUGGGCUCUCAAGCUUGGCCCCCACUAACCUGGUGCCUUCUCCAUCCAGUCCUCAUGAGGAGGAGUUCAUUGACUGGUGGAGCAAAUUCUUUGCCUCCAUCGGGGAGAGGGAAAAGUGUGGUUCCUACCUGGAGAAGGAUUUUGACACCCUGAAGGUCUAUGAUACACAGUUGGAGAAUGUGGAGGCUUUUGGGGGCCUGUCUGACUUUUGCAACACCUUCAAGCUCUACCGGGGCAAGACUCAGGAGGAGACAGAAGACCCAUCUGUCAUUGGAGAAUUUAAGGGUCUCUUCAAAAUUUAUCCCCUCCCAGAAGAUCCAGCCAUCCCCAUGCCCCCAAGACAGUUCCACCAGCUGGCCGCCCAGGGACCCCAGGAGUGCCUGAUCCGUAUUUACAUCGUCCGAGCAUUUGGCUUACAGCCCAAGGACCCCAAUGGCAAGUGCGACCCUUACAUCAAGAUCUCCAUAGGGAAGAAAUCAGUGAGUGACCAGGAGAACUACAUCCCUUGUACCCUGGAGCCCGUAUUUGGAAAGAUGUUUGAGCUCACCUGCACCCUGCCUCUGGAGAAGGACCUGAAGAUUACACUCUACGACUAUGACCUCCUGUCCAAAGAUGAGAAGAUUGGGGAGACAGUCAUCGACCUGGAGAACAGGCUAUUGUCCAAGUUUGGGGCUCGCUGUGGGCUCCCACAGACCUACUGUGUCUCUGGACCAAAUCAGUGGAGAGACCAGCUCCGCCCCUCCCAGCUCCUCCACCUCUUCUGCCAGCAGCACAGACUCAAGGCCCCUGUGUACCGGACAGACCGAGUGAUGUUUCAGGAUAAGGAAUACACCAUUGAGGAGAUAGAGGCUGGCAGACUCCCAAACCCACACCUGGGCCCGGUGGAGGAACGCCUAGCCCUGCAUGUCCUUCAGCAACAAGGCCUGGUCCCCGAGCAUGUGGAGUCACGGCCCCUUUACAGCCCUCUGCAGCCAGAUAUUGAGCAGGGGAAGCUACAGAUGUGGAUUGACCUAUUUCCAAAGGUUCUGGGCCGGCCUGGACCUCCUUUCAACAUCACCCCACGAAGAGCUAAAAGGUUUUUUCUGCGUUGUAUUAUUUGGAACACAAAAGACGUGAUCUUGGACGACCUCAGCCUCACAGGGGAGAAGAUGAGUGACAUCUAUGUGAAAGGCUGGAUGGUGGGAUUCGAAGAACACAAGCAGAAGACGGAUGUACACUACCGCUCCCUGGGCGGCGAGGGAAACUUCAACUGGAGGUUCGUGUUUCCCUUUGACUAUCUGCCCGCCGAGCAGGUCUGUGCUGUUGCCAAGAAGGAUGCCUUCUGGAGACUAGACAAGACAGAGAGCAAGAUUCCAGCACGUGUGGUCUUCCAGAUUUGGGACAAUGACAAGUUCUCCUUUGAUGACUUUCUGGGCUCCCUGCAGCUGGAUCUCAACCGCAUGCCCAAGCCCGCCAAGACGGCCGAGAAGUGUUCCUUGGACCAGCUGGAUGACACCUUCCACCCAGAAUGGUUUGUGUCCCUUUUUGAGCAGAAGACGGUGAAAGGGUGGUGGCCUUGUGUGACCGAGGAGGGCGAGAAGAAGGUCCUGGCGGGAAAGCUGGAAAUGACCCUGGAGAUUGUUGCAGAGAGUGAACAUGAGGAACGGCCCGCUGGCCAGGGUCGGGAUGAACCCAACAUGAAUCCGAAGCUAGAGGAUCCAAGGCGCCCUGACACCUCUUUCCUGUGGUUCACCUCCCCGUACAAGACCAUGAAGUUCAUCUUGUGGCGACGCUUCCGGUGUGCCAUCAUCCUCUUCAUCAUCCUCUUCAUACUCCUGCUCUUCCUGGGCAUCUUUGUCUACGCCUUCCCGAACUAUGCUGCCAUGAAGCUGGUGAAGCCCUUUAGCUGAAGACAUGUGCUCUGGAGAAAGGGGCCCAGGCUGCGUCCCGGCCCAGAACCGGCUGCUCCUCCAUUCCUUUGGGGUCUGGGGGUCUUGCACAUGUUUACUGAGUCUCGGGAUCACCCUAUUUUUAUCAUCUCUCUCCCCCAACCCAACACACCUUUGGAUGAAGUCUUGGCUCUCUCAGCAUAAAGCAGACAGAAAUCCCA